AUGAGUAAGCAGGUAGGGUGCUUUCCAGGUGUGUGUGUGUGUGUGUGCCAACGCAACGAACCUUCCACCUCUCCUACAACUUCAACUAAUUGCCUCUACUACGGAAAACGGAAAACACAAUGCCGGUGCUUUAUCACGCUUAUCAGCAAACAACCUCAACCACCUGUAGCAAUGGCUAAAUUUCCCCGACUUCCCGGCGAUGGCGUAAUUGUUUUGAUAAUGCAAACAAUGAGCGCUUGUCCAUUUUUAGCCGGGCGACAUUGA